AUGAAUAAACCAGAUGUUUAUAUUAAUGAUAAUAGUAAUCGAAUAUUAAUUUCAGCUGAUGAUGAAAACAAUGAUGAAAAAAUGUCAAAAACACUAGAUCAAUAUAAAUUAAUUCAUGAAAUAAUUUUAUUAUGUGAUGAAGAUUUUGAUAAUAUAAAUGAAAUUUUAAAUAGAAAAUCUAUACAACAUAUGAAAGUCAAAUUCAUGCUUGAACAUACAAAUACAAUAAAAAAAUAA